CCGUUUGUCAUAAAACUAAUUGUCAAUCCCAUUCCGGAAAAUAAGGAAAACUGUUAGCAUUUGGAGAGGCAGUGCUGCAAAGUACCCCGACUUUUAAGUCAAUUCGGAUAUUGUAAUUGCCAAUUUUCCAUAAGUCGCAUCUAUAACGUAGAGAUAAUGACCGCCCAGGAGUCCACCAUACAGCCGCUGAGCUGGGGAUACGCCGGCUCCGAGAUGUUCCAGACCGGAAGCCCAGUGCCGCCUCUCAUUAAUAAUGCUUACAGUCGGGGGCAGACGAACCUGAUACUCAACUACCUGCCGCAGGACAUGACGGAGUUGGAGGUGCACCGCCUCUUCUCUAAGUUCGGUGAGAUCCGCAAGGCCAAAAUCAUCCGCCACCGCAGGACGGGCAUAAGCUGCUGCUACGGAUUCGUGGACUACGUGUCACCCCGCCAGGCGGCUGCUGCCCAGGAGAGCAUGGAUGGCUACGAGACGCGCGGCAAGCGGCUGAAGGUGGCCUUCGCCCGACCUUCGGAGGAUCCGCCCAGGAACAACAACCUGUACGUGGCCAACCUGCCCACGUACAUGGACGAGAAGAAGGUGCGAGAGCUCUUCGCCACCUACGGCAACGUCUUGGAUAUCAAUUUGCUGCGCCACAAGUUCAGCAAAAUGUCCCGUGGCGUGGCCUUCGUACAUUUCGAGCACUGCCGGGACGCCGAGAUGGCCAAGUUCGGCAUGGAUCGGUACAUGAUCGAGGGCGCCUUCCGGCCCCUGACGGUCAAGUUCGUGGACCGCCCGCCCAAGGCUCCGCCGACUGCUCGAGGCGGUAAUCUGACCUCCAGUGGCCUCCAGUAUAAGCUGCAGGGCAACGCUUCCCCACCGAUCUCCAAGCGCCGCCAGGAGAAGGACGAUGAGCCGGAGUCCAAGCGUUCGCGCGACUCUGACUAGUCAUGGGUGUUUGGCAGGGUCUAUCUUUGGCCAGGACUUGCUACAAGCUUUUUGAUUUUUUUAAAAUUGAA